AUGGGGAUGGGCAAGGAGGACGGACAGGGAGGACGUACAGGGAGGGCGUACAGGGAGGACGUACAAGGAGGACGGACAGGGAGGACGGACAGGGAGGACGGACAGGGAGGACGGGCAGGGAGGACGGGCGGGGAGGACGGGUAUUAUGAAAGCUGCGUAGUGAAACUACCCAAAGAAGCCUUAGCAUAUCAAUACGUUAUCCUCACAGGGAAAGCUGUUCUUCUUGCAACAUAUCCCUUCAAAGAUGUUAAAGAAGCCGUGCGUCUACAUGAUGUGCUAAGUAUUAAUGUGGAAUUGGACGUUCCACCGUUCCUCAAAGCAUGUGACGCUCAUAACUGUCAGCAUAUUCGUUUGAAAUACAAAAAGAUUAUAUCUGAGUCGCAAAGCGUUCACUUAAAAAUUGUUAAUGAAGAACAGGAAGAAUUAGAUUCUGGAAUUAGCCUAAUUUCUGAUACAUCUCAAAGUUCCUCUUCAAUGGGGCCAGAAGUUAAUUACCAAGAAAUCACAAAUUGGUCUUCAUCAAAUGGGUACAGUGAAGAUGCGCUAACAAUUGCCAGCCUUGAGUCCAGCAGGGAGACAGGGAAGAGAACUGAUCUAGGAAAUUUCUCACGUACAGAAACUAUAACGAAAGAAAAAAACAGCUUUCCAACAAAAGAAAAGCAAAUAUUUAAUAACCAAAUCUCGUAUCGCAGGGGAUCAAUUUUUCAUCAAGAUGUUAAACUUCCUGUCGACAACGAUUUGCCUUUAGUGCAUAUUAAAGGACAAAAGAACAAAACGCAGCUCUCUGAAGAAAAAUCAAGUAUCAAUGAGGACUCCACAAUCAACAGGGCGGUAUCUCGUUCGUUGACUAAUACCCCUGAGCUUCAAGAACGAUCCAUAAGUAGCCUACUGCGUCGUGUGCAAUACAACCAACCUAAAUCAUCACGAUCUUUUAGCUCUAUGGCUCACUAUGCAAAAUCUGCCUUUCCACUUCCUAUCGCGCCAGUUGAAAAGCGAUCUCAGAGUGUUUUGGAGAGACCUAGGAGAAAUCCAAGUAUUAAAUCAUUGGAAUCUUGUAUAGAUGAAUCAUUUCGACUAUAUGAUGACCUACACAUAUAUGUUUUGCAAGCCAAACCUAUAUUAUUGAAUUAUCUUCAGACUAAUUGGUGUGCUUAUUUAUUAAACAAAACUCUUGAAGUCUCUGAACCCAAUCUUCAGCUCAAUGACGUUAUUGACUCUUUCCAUUUAGAGAACUCAUUCAAUAAACUCAGGAAUGAAAUAGUGGAUCCAGAAAACAGUAUUGAAAGAACAUAUGGCCUUCUUAACGAACUACGAAUAGGUUUUCAACGUCGAUCGCAACUUAAGUAUAUUUUUUGGAAGGAUCAAAUGCUAUAUUAUUUCCUAAUGCAGAAGUUGGAACAAUAUAUGCACAAUUUACAGUACAGGUUCACCGCAUCAGCUCUGACAUAUGGCAAUGAAAUGGAAACCGAUGUUUACAUUCAAAGCAGACUGGAUGAAUUGGAAAUAAUUAUAAUGUUGCUAGACGUUCUCUUUGAUGUGUUACAUGAUACGGACAAAAUUCAUGAAAAAAUGAAGAUGCUGCAUUUUCGCAAUGGUACAUUAAUAAAACAACUUUUAUCAAUUCUUGUCACUUCACCAUGUAUUCCGUCUAAAUUUUACAAUACAUGUAGUAGAAUGCUUGAAGAUUUCAAUGAGUUUUCAACAUAUGCCUGGAAGAAUUUACCUGAAGGUGUUUUAAUUGAGAUGUUAGGAACAAUAAUUAACAAAAUUGGAGGAAUUCUUUCUGAACUAAUAUCUACAAUUAAAACAUUAUCAGAAAGCAAUAGUAGUAUUUCUAUUGCUACAAUUUUUAAAGACAUAUCGAUGGCAAACUACCUCAAAAGAAGUAUUACACAAUUACUAGGAUUACUUUACCCGGUUGAACAAAGAACACUAAAGCCUGAAGAUUGUGUACUUGUUUAUCACCAUUUCUUUGUGAUAAAGUGUCUUAUGGAAAAUGUACCUGAAGUGCAAAACUAUGUUAAAGAACGUUAUCAAGAAGAGUUCAGUAACAUAAGGGACAAGAAAGAUAAUCAGAAUAGAGUAAUCACGGUGGAGAAUACUCCUGGAGGAAGCCAUGAAAAUCAGAGAGAGGUAAUAGAACAUCUUGAGAUGUUAGGAGGCCAAGAAGAGGAGCGCUGGGAAGUGCAGCAAGGAAGUAAAAGGAAAAACAGCCAAAAAAAGAAGAGAAUAAGUCAA